CACCAGGCUGUUGAGAAAGAGAAGAGUGAGGCACUUACUAUGAAAGUGAAGCUGACCUGACGGCUCCUGGGGGCUGCGAUUUGGAUCACGUAUGUUUUUUUAGGGAUAGUAUGUUCACACGGCAGCGCAGCUGUUGGCAAACCGGUUUCAGCCAUUUCGGAGGCCUCCAUCUGUUCACUGCUGCCUGGAGGAGGCUCGUGUGUACCAAACCAUGAGUGGAAGUAGGUACCCCCCCGACAUGCGCCGGGGCCAAGUCCAUGGUUCCCUGUACCACUGGCGCUGUUUCAGGAAGCCUAGUCAGAAGCCCAACUCCUACGUAGCUCCUCAGCAGCCGACGGACAGAUACAAGUGGAGAACAUCUGCUAGUCCGGUGCUGAGGGCAACCAAGAUGGCCGACCAUGAGGGAAAGGAGCAAAGCGCAGAGCGUCCCUACCUGCGGCUGCUCAGCCUGCCGAGGUUCAGCACAGUCCCACAUGACAGGAGUGGAGUUGAGCGCCACGAGGGCCAGAUGAGGACGGGGUCGGGGUCACUGCGCAUGAUCUUCCCCUACAUCAGGUCCAUGUCUGAGCCAGGGACGAGUAACCGGCCGAACAAGGCAGCGCUCCGGAAGGUGGGAUCAGACGCAGAGCCACGAGCUCCCUCCGUCAGCAGCUUCUUCUCCUCCUUCUCCCGGAGGAUCAGCAGAGUCCUCGGGGAUGAGCCUGAGCCAGCAGGAGAGUCUGACGUUAAAGGUCCUGCUGCCUAUCGUUUCUCCUGCGGUCAGAGUCCGUACACUGACAGUGGAGCCUGGGAGAGGAAGUUCUGCAUCCUGACCGACAGCCAGCUCAUCCUGCUCAACAAGGACGAGGAGGCUGUAGCUGAGGCUCAGGAGAGCCCCACAGGCUCAGUGAAGGCCCGAAGCCUCCGCAGGACGGUCAGCGUCCCCUCAGAGGGGCAGUUCCCAGAGUUUCAGGGAGAGGGCGCCGCCAUGCAAGAAGUGUCUUCGGAUCGGUCUCCGAGGAGGAGGAGCAUCUCUGGUCUGGGGAGUUCGGACAAGAGCGUCGCCGUCGACAAUCCAAACACGUCACCUUUCAGAGUGCCGGGCUUUUUCAGUAAACGUCUGAAAGGUUCAAUCAAGAGAACCAAGAGCCAGACCAAACUGGACAGGAACACCAGCUUCAGACUGCCCUCGCUCCGACCCUCGGAACCCGACCGGUCUCGUGGCCUCCCAAAGCUGAAGGAGUCGACCUCCCAUGAGUCCUUGCUGACCCCGGGCAGCGCGGUGGAGGCUCUGGACCUGAGCAUGGAGGAGGACGUGUUCAUCAAGCCUCUGCACAGCAGCAUCCUGGGACAGGAAUUCUGCUUCGAGGUGACGUACUCGGGCGGCAGCAAGUGCUUCAGCUGUACUUCAGCCUCAGAGAGAGACAAGUGGAUGGAGAACCUGAGGAGAACCAUCCAGCCCAACAAGGACAACUGUCGCCGAGCCGACAACCUGCUGCGUCUGUGGAUCAUCGAGGCCAAGGAUCUGCCGCCGAAGAAGAAAUAUUUCUGCGAGCUGUGCCUGGAUGACGUCCUGUACGCCCGGACCACCAGCAAGACCCGACACGACAGCCUGUUCUGGGGGGAAUACUUCGACUUCUCCAGCCUGCCCUCCGUGCACAGCAUCACCGUGCACAUCUACCGAGACAUCGACAAGAAGAAGAAGAAGGACAAGAACAACUAUGUGGGCUUGGUCAACAUCCCCGUGUCGGGCGUGACGGGCCGGCAGUUUGUGGAGAAGUGGUACCCGGUCAGCACGCCCACCACCAGCAAGGCCAAAGGAGGGGGGCCCUCGAUCCGCAUCAAGUCCCGCUUCCAGACCAUCUCCAUCCUGCCCAUGGAGCAGUACAAGGAGUUUGCAGAGUUCAUCACCAACAACUACACCAUGCUGUGCUCGGUGCUGGAGCCCGUGAUCAGCGUGAAGAACAAGGAGGAGAUGGCCUGCGCGCUGGUCCACAUCCUGCAGAGCACCGGCAGAGCCAAGGACUUCCUCACAGACCUGGUGAUGUCAGAGGUGGACCGCUGUGCCGACCAUGACGUCCUGAUCUUCAGGGAGAACACGCUGGCCACCAAGGCCAUCGAGGAGUACCUGAAGCUGGUGGGACAGAAGUACCUGCACGACGCACUCGGCGAGUUCAUUAAAGCUCUGUACGAGUCGGACGAGAACUGCGAGGUGGAUCCCAGUCGAUGCUCCGGCGGUGAACUGGCCGAGCACCAGAGCAACCUGAAGAUGUGCUGCGAGCUGGCGUUCUGCAAGAUCAUCAACUCCUACUGCGUGUUUCCUCGGGAGCUGAAGGAAGUGUUUGCGUCGUGGAAGCAGCAGUGCGUCGCCCGCGGACACCAGCAGGACAUCAGCAAGCGACUGAUCAGCGCUUCCCUGUUCCUGCGCUUCCUCUGUCCUGCCAUAAUGUCGCCGUCGCUCUUCAGCCUGAUGCAGGAAUACCCUGACGACCGGACGUCCCGGACCCUCACGCUCAUCGCCAAAGUCAUCCAGAACCUCGCUAACUUCACCAAGUUUGGAAACAAGGAGGAGUACAUGGCCUUCAUGAACGACUUCCUGGAGCACGAGUGGGCGGGGAUGAUGCGUUUCCUGUCGGAGAUCUCCAACCCAGACACUCUGUCCAACACGCCGGGCUUCGAGGGUUACAUCGACCUGGGCCGCGAGCUGUCAGUGCUGCACGCGCUGCUGUGGGAGGUGGUGUCGCAGCUCGAUAAGGGUGAAAAUUCCUUCCUGCAGGCCACCGUAGCCAAGCUGGGCCCGCUGCCGAGGAUUCUGGGAGACAUCUCUCGCUGCCUGGCCGUGCCGACACCGGUCCAGCAGCAGCUGCGACGUUUCCAGGAUCACAGCCCGGCUCACAACAUCAGCGGCAGUGUGUCAUCUGGGCUGCAGCGAAUCUUUGAGGACCCUGUUGACAGCCACAGUGACGUCCGCAGCCUUCAGUCUCUGAGUGGGCGCCCCCUGCUGGCCCAGCAGCUUCCCUCCAUGCGCACCAGCUUCUCGGACCAGGAGGAGCGGGACGGCCUUCUGCCCAACGGUCGCAGCAUCUCUCUGGUUGACCUGCAGGACGCUCAGAGCCUGUACGGCCCCGCGGGGCCCCCCCCCCACCACGAGGCCCCGCCGCGCCUCAGCAGGGUGGGCUCUCAGGCCUCCAUCGGACUCCCGCCCCCCCUCAGCCACGCACACUCCAACCCUCUGACCCCCCAGCCGGCGCAGCAGCAGACCAAGGCCCCGCCCAGAGACAGCCAGCCGCAGAGCGCCCCCCAGGUGAGGAGGCCGCUGCCCCCCUCCCUCAGCCAGCAGCGCAGCCUGCAGCCGCUCUGCUUCCAGAACCCAGUGUACCACCUGAGCAACGCCGCCCACAGCCUGUCGUCCCGCUCCGCCCACUCGCUGCGGCAGGACUCGAGCUCUGACAACCUGAGCACAGAAAGCUCCCACAACAGCCACAGCAACUCGGACGACUUCGGCAGCCAGGUCGGGGUCAAAGGUCGCGUGCCGUCCAACAGCAGCCUGGACGAGCUGGGCAGCAGGCGGAGCACGCAGAGCGAGGAGUGCUCGACUCCACGGCGACCGCCGCAGACGGACCUCCCACCCGGCGCCGCCACGGCCGUCGCACUCCCCCGCCACAGCACCACCGCGGGCACCGCCCACAUCGUCAAAGUGGAGCAGCAGAGCAGGGGAGGGGCCCGCACGCCGCGCUCUCUCCCACACAGCACCUCGCUGCGCAGCAGCAGCAGCGCCAACACCGAGCCCACAGCGGCCACGGCCCACGCCGCCCGCCAGACGUCCAACUGCUCCGCGGAGAACGCGGCUCCACCCCCGAGGAGCAGCUCCAAACCAGCUCAGCAGGUGACGUCUCCGGUGGAGACGGUGGCCAUGUCUCCAGUGGAGAGGACGGCAGCCUGGGUGCUCAACAACGGCCAGUAUGACGACAAGGAGGAGGAGGGAGGAGACAGGAGCCGAGAGGAGGGCAGGAACGCUGAGAAGUACGAGCUGGAGAUCUCUCGGCUCAAGGAGCGUCUCCGUGUGUCCGGUCGGCGUCUGGAGGAGUACGAGCGGCGGCUGCUGGCUCAGGAGCAGCAGAUGCAGAAACUGCUGCUGGAUUAUAAGAGUCGCCUGGAGGACAGUGAGGAGAGACUGAGGAGGCAGCAGGAGGACAAGGACAGUCAGAUGAAGAGCAUCAUCUGCAGGCUGAUGGCUGUGGAGGAGGAGCUGAAGCGGGACCACGCAGAGAUGCAGGCGGUGAUCGAGGUCAAGCAGAAGGUCAUUGACGCUCAGGUCAGUAACGGAUGCGAAAUAAACCAAUCAGGAGAAGCGGAUCGGGUCUCUGGAUGCAGCCAACUCACGGCUGAUGGCGGCGCUAACGCAGGUGAAGGAGCGUUACAACACGUCCAACUUCCGCAACGGCCUCUCGCCCACCAACCCCACAAAGCUGUCCAUCACUGAGAACGGGGAGUUCAAGAACAGCAGCUGCUGAUUGGUGGAGCACCUGGCCCCGCCCACCUCACCUGGCUUCCCUGCAGAGAAAGAACAUUCGAAAUCUGAGCUGUAAAUAGUGAAGGUUUGUUGUUGUACAGAGAGCAAGAGUUGCAGAAGCACAGAAGAGACAAACCAAAACCUAAAUGUUUUCUAACCAAACUUUUAUCAUUUUUAUUUGACUGACGUUUGUUGCCGAGGAUGAAGUGCAUUUAUUAUUUGGGGUUUUUAGUGUUUUCUUUUUUUUUAACUCGACAUUGAAUUGUUUGGAGUUUUAAUUUAUUCGUCCUCGUCCUGUUGCUGAUCUACUGAACAGACCCUGGAGGAUCAGGGUCUCACCUGUCUGCUGUUCCACAUUAAGAAAUAAAAGCUGCCUGAACCUAAA